UACUUCCCAAUUUCCCAUAGACGCGCCUGAACCUGAGUAACAUGACGGCUUCCUUGUCGGAGUCCGUGAGUCCGUUACUCGAGGCGGUUCAGAUUAACCGAACGGAUAUCGUCAAGACUCUCCUAGAGGAAGUAGACAAGCUCAUUCGAAAAGAUUCCACCAUCCAAGACAACAGUCCCAAUCUACAGGCCUUUUUGGAUCAACGGCGAAAUGAACGGGGGAACUUCCUGCAAAAUGCGGUCCAAGCGGGUAGUUAUGAUGUAGUCCGGGCUUUGUUGCAAUUGGGUGCGGAUGCCUCGUUGUCUUUGCCCGAUGGACGGAGGCUACUGGAGCACGCCCCGGAUGCAUUGAAAAAAGUAGCCUUGACCACGGUUCUCCAAGCGAUUGCCACUUCUCAGUCUGAGCAAGUGGAACGCCUCCUGAAGGCAGGAUUGGACCCGAAUACGGUGGAUGGUCCGGAGAAGCAAUGCUCACUUUUGCAUUGGGCUGCGGGAUUUUCCGACCCCUCGACCGUGCAAAUUUUAAUCCAAGAAGGGGCCCGGAUCGAUGCUCAAGAUGCCGUGGGCUUGACUCCCUUACAUGAGGCCUUGAAGCGAAAAUCUGUUGAAGUGUCCACUAUUCUAAUCGAAGCCGGGGCGGACCUGAACUUGCGGAUUCAAAAUGGGGCUUUAAAAGGUCAAUCAGCUAUGGAUAUGAUUGAGCAAGCGGGGACGAGUUUGUCUGAGCCUCUAAAGGCAGUGAUAUCACGAAACCAGUCCGCUUAUGGGAAUGACAUUAAACCCCAUGUGAAUGGAUAUGAAGGCGAGGAGGGAGAUAAAUUGAGUGAUGUGAUGUCUGAACAACUCUCCAUGUCUUCAACUCAAAAGGCAUUGUCUUCCAUAAAUCGCUUUAGCCCGCUUCCUCCCGUAAUCACUGAUGAGCGGCUGAAUCUAUUGUGGCCUCAACCCCAAUUUAUCCGACAGCUCCAUGGUGAACCCAAGAUUUUUCCCAAUGAACUUCCCAUGACGGUUUCACCCGGGAUUGUCUCCAUUCACAAAAUUUUGGAUAUUUUCGAAUUCCAUCAACAACGGUUCCGUGCCCUGAAUCGGCGAGUUUUCUUGAACCAUAAAUCUCCCUUGGAUACCCAUAUCAUCGAGGAGCACAGUUCCGUGCUUCACUGUGCUGUUCAAGCGGGCCUGUUUCAUGUUCGAGGCUCCUACAAUCUCCAUAUCAGUGAAACCAAGAUUCGCAUUCAAGCUGGAGACUUGGAGGGAAUUCACUAUGCCGUGAUGACCUUGCUUCAAAUGUUGGCCAUGUUCCGAGAUGAGGGCCUAAUUUCUGUGGUCGUGGCCGAUCAACCCGUAUGUAGUGUCAGAGCUAUUCUGUUGGAUAUGAAUCCAUUCGGGCGAGUGCCCAACUUUGAUGUGAUGAUGCAAUUGGUGGACGUGUUAUGCGCUUUGAAGAUCAAUCAACUUCAGGCUUUCAUUCGUCUUAAUAACCAUGACAAUGAGUGGAGCUUCAGCUACUCCAAAAGCGACCUUUUGACUAUUCAUCGUUUCUGCCGCGAUCGGUUCAUCGAUUUUGUCCCUGCUUUUGACAUUCUGCCCAAUGUGACCCUUCGCGAUCACUUGGUGUUGAGAGCUAAGAUUCACGAAAUUCUUCUCUGUUUCGACCGACCCAAGGUGCUGCAUUUAGGUCCAGUUUUGGCAUCUUUAUUGUUCCAUUCUCCGGAUUUUCACGGGAAUAUGAAACUCUUGUUCCCUAACUACGACGAAUGCAUGUUCUUCAUGUGUGCUAAUAACAUUCCCCUGAGCCUUUCAAGUAUUCCUUCUAAUGUGAUACUUUUACAUUAUGGCUUCCAGAAAAACAACAAUUUUUCCGUGGCCUUAAACCAAUUCCAUGACAUUGGAGCAGGCUUAGGUAUCUGUACAGGAACGGGGGCUUGGAGCAAUCUAUCUGGUUGCCCAGAAAAUAUGCUGAUGAACGUGACGAAUGGGCACAACGCUCUGGCCAAGGUCAAUGGGCGUGUCUCGAUCAUGGCCCAUUGGUGUAGUGAUCCCGCUUUAACACAUUCCGUUUUUGCUUGGCCGGGCUUUUUGGCCGCAGCAGGUUUAUCGUGGAACUCGGCAACUCCAUUCGAUUUCAUAGAGUCUGUUCUCAAAGAUCUCCUAGACUUUCAUGUCCUUAGAGAUGUUGAUCAUCCAUGGGGCCAAGUCAUCUUGGAUAUAGGUCGUGCUGAGUCUUACUUGCUGGACCCAAUGAAUGCCUCGUCGAUGUCAAGCCUACUUCAAAUCCUCAUUGCACCUGAACAGGUUAAUCUGACCACAAUCACUGCUGAACAAAUGGGGCAUGUGAUACAAAUGGCCCGCAAAUGUCACGUUCAAUUGAAGACAUUCCGCUCCAUGUCUACUGACACAAGAUUAGAACCCAUUUUCCAGGAAUUGCAGAUCACCACGGAACUGAUAACAAUUGCGGCUAAAAUUGGCCGAGUUUUGGUUUCGGGACCUUCGAAAUCAGGCCUCUUAUCCAACCUGGCUCCGACUUUUAAGACAGAUAUUGCUAACAAGUUAAUCGGUUUGGUGGAGAUGUUUAAAGUCCAUUGGAUUUCGCGUUAUCACGAAGAGGGCAUCGCUGGUUCUGCUCGAGCUUUGAAUCGCCUUUUAUCGGAACUUGUUCCCCAAGAGUCAAAAUUGAUCUUGAAAGACAACCAGGCAUGAAGUAUUCAUUCACAUAUUCUUAUUUUGAUUGUUACGUUUUUCUACGAUGAAAAGUUUGAUGAUUUCUCUAUAGCUUUUAUUGCUUAUAUCAGACUCCAUUUCUUACGAGUGCCUUACAAUAAAACGCCUUGGCAACACCAAAUCAAAGCAUAA